GUUAAUAUUACAUAUUUCUUGAGGACUUGCAGACCAGGAAGUAUCGCGAUACGACCGGUCGAUUUGCUAACCAGCGCUGGUCGAAGCGCAUGGUAAAAUUGAAAGCCAAGCCAGGGACAUAUUCGAGCACUUUCAAACGGAGAAUGGUAGUAAAUCAGAUUUGAUCAUUUUGGUAACUCCGGGCGCGAGAGGUGCCGAUGCCGUGACUCUUGAAUCCUACGUACUUGUAUAUCAUCUCCCUCCGGCAUUCGAGUGCCAUGGAUGGGUGAUUUCUAGAAGGGCCGCCCCGUCCCUUAGCCUAGAUAUACUCGUAUUACCUUGCUAUUAAUCAAUGGAAACACUUCGAAUGAGAGGAGCAUGGCAAGUGAAACAACUUGACACGAGCGCGCCUUGAAAGUCGAGCGGGCUAGUAGCCUAGACCAGGGCCGUUUGUCACAACCGUGUCGCCGGCAUCAUGCUUGAUGCAUAUGUUAGAUGAUGUAUUCCGUAGAUAUUCCGAACGAUCGUCGCCUAUUAUGAUCUGUAAAGUCCGAAGGGUAAUACGAACUAGCGACUCAUCUGACGGUAUAGCCACGAUUGAUUGUGAGAUUACCAAGACAGUUAACUAGGUUAAAUAGCUGGGUAUGCAGGAACAGAUGAACAAAUCGGGUAGAUCCAAGGCAGCUCAACUAUGUACCUACGGGGAACAUAUCUCUCAACAAUGGUCGACAAUGGGCUAGAUACCGUUUCGAGGGCCGGGGGGAGGAUUCUAUUACUGUACAUAGUAGUUGCUUGUUACAGUAACAUAGUAAGUAACACAGACCCUUCAAUUGCUAUUAUUAUUCUUCUCAUUCUUAUUAUUUAUUUAUUCACAUACAUUAGUAUUUACAUACCGAAUAAAAGCAAGCUAUUAAGCGGACACCCCCGUAGUAGGCGGGCCUAAAUCCUAGAGGUGCAGAAUACGGAGCCUUGUCGUACACACCGUAAUAUUGACAUCAAUGAAUUUCCAGCCGGCCGCUGUAGGCGCCAGUUCGAAUAACGGGAGCCCCGGAAAAGUACGAAAAUACAUCAAAUAUGUCAAACACAUGACCAAGUAGUUACUUGAACGCCUUAUGUAGGGUCCUUGCAGGUGGGAUGUGCU